GCCACGUCGUGUCCCUUCCCAUCAAUCCAGCAUGGGCAAGUACCGCUAGCCUCCUCCUGAAAUGAAUCCUCCCUCCUAGAUUCCCAAAUCCCUUCCCCUUCCCCAAUCCCAGCCCAACACCCACGGCGGAAUCCCAUUCCGAUACCUCCCCUCCUCCUCACCCUCCUCGCUUCGCCUCCCCCUUCCGCCAUAGCCGACCACCACCACAGGCGGAGCUAGGGUUUGGUGCCCCGGCCUCGCCGACCACCACCGCGACGACGCCCUUCUCCUCCUCCUCCGCGGCAGCGACCUCCACCCGCCUGGCCCGGAUGCUAUGCUGCUGAGCUGCAGGUCCCUCUCCACUUGGGUGCGCCGCCUCGUCGCUUGCAUGGGAGGUUGCUUUGGCUGUUGUGCUAAGCCUACUCCUAUAACAGCGGUCGACAAGCCUUCGAAGCGGUUGAGAAUCCAGGGACGCUCGAUAAGGAAGGCUAGCCUGUCCGAGGACUUUUGGAGCACGAGCGCUCAUGAGAUGGAGAACAGCGCAAUCCUGUCGCAGAGGAGCAUGUCUUCGAUCAGCACGGCAGCGCAGUCCAAUGAUCAACAUGCCGCAGGAAGUAGCAGCAACCCAAAUGAGUUUGUAAAUCAAGGUCUUAUGCUCUGGAAUCAGAACAGACAGCAGUGGGUUGGAAACAAAAAACGCCACUCUCGAUCUCAACAGCCUCGAGAACCAAAAUUAAGUUGGAAUGCAAGGUAUGAGAGUCUGCUGGGAAGCAAUAAGCCAUUCUCCCAACCGAUACCUCUUGGUGAAAUGAUAGAUUUGCUUGUUGACGCUUGGGAGCAAGAAGGUCUAUAUGAUUAGGCCUCUGAAGUUCAUUGUUUGACUCAGAUUAAUUGCGUAAUUGUGUUUGGACCUUUGGAUGCGCAUGAGCUCUAAGUUGUGGAACGCAUAACUUUUCCUGAGCUCAUUGGUGUAUCAUGAAUGAAUAUCAUGAAACAAGGCAGCGUCCUUAUAUUAAACAUUGUAAUAUAUUAUUCCUGUCAAGUUUAUGAGAACGUUUGAUCUUUUA